AUGCAAACAACUGUUCUGGCCGGCAUCGCCCUCGGGGCCGCCGUCAUCGUCGUGCUCAUCAACACCGUGCAGACGAGGCGGCGUCACAGAGCCAUGGCGCAGAGGCUUGGGUGCAAACCGGCCGUUCAAGUUCCGACGACAGAGCCUAGCGGUAUCGUGGCCCUGUACCGCGGCGCGCAGGCGUCCAAGGAACGGAGGUUUCCCCAGUUCAUGCAGGAGCACUUCGAGAAGCUCAGUGACCGUGAGGGCCGGCCUGUCGGCACAGCAACCUUGGUCAUGCCCUUUUUCAAGAAGAUGAUGUUCACGUCGGAUCCUCAGAACAUACAGGCCAUGCUGGCGUUGAAGUUCAAAGAUUUUGGCUUGGGGGUGAAUCGCACCGACAAUUUCAGACCGCUUCUCGGCAACGGCAUCUUUGCUGCCAACGGCAAGCAGUGGGAACAUUCGCGAGCCCUCCUCCGCCCCCAGUUCGUCCGCAGCCAGGUCAGCGACUUGGACCUUGAGGAGGCGCACGUCAAGAACAUGAUGGCGGUGCUGGACCGUCAUCUCGGAAGCGACGGCUGGACCGACACGGUCGAUCUCCAGGUCCUGUUGUUCCGUCUCACCCUCGACUCGGCCACCGAGUUCUUGUUCGGAGAGAGCGUCAACAGCCAGAUUGAUCUGCAAAACGACAUCACCAACAGCGGCGCCGACGAUGACAGCUUCGCCUACGCCUUUGAUCGCUCGCAAUUCAUCCUAGCCAUGGCCGCGCGGCUGGGCAACUACUACUGGCUGAUGCACACGCCCGAGUUCCGUCGAAUGGUGGACAGAGUCCACGGCUUCGUCGACUACUUUGUGCAAAAGGCCAUGAGCGACCCCGGCGAGAAGCAGAAAUCGGACCACUACGUCUUCCUGCAUGCGCUUGCCGAGCAGACCCAGGACCCCACGGAGCUGCGGUCGCAACUCCUCAAUAUCCUGCUGGCCGGUCGCGAUACCACCGCCUCUCUCCUGGGCUGGUUCUUCCACACCUUGGCAGAGAAGCGCUACGAGCACAUUUACAAGAGACUCCGCCAGCUCGUCGUCGACGAGUUCGGCCCCUACCAUGGCCCGCGCGACAUCACGUUUGAGCGCAUGAAGGGCUGCCAGUACUUGCAGUGGUGCAUCAACGAGGCCCUGAGAUUGUAUCCCGUCGUCCCCAUGAACGUGCGCACAGCCUUGACCGACACCACUCUCCCCGUCGGUGGAGGCCAGGACGGCCGCUCUCCCGUCUUUGUGGCCAAGGGGACCGACGUGGGCUACUCUGUUUUCCUCAUGCACCGACGCAAGGACCUGUGGGGGGAGGAUUGUGACGUUUUCCGGCCGGAGCGUUGGGAAUCGCGGAAGCCCGGUUGGGAUUUCCUUCCCUUCAACGGCGGCCCUCGCAUCUGCAUUGGACAGCAGUUCGCCCUCACUGAAAUCGCCUACGUUCUUGUCCGCGUGCUCCAGCGCGUCGACGCCCUCGACGGCUCGGCCGCGGGUCCCGUCAAGCACGGCUUGACGCUGACCGACUGCCCGGCUGAUGGGGUCAAGCUUCGUCUCCAUUUCGCCCAGUGA